GCGUUGUCAUCAGUGACGUAGCAGGCUGUACCGUGCUUCAAACACGUGUUGGGACAAUCUGAGGAGUCGAUGGCUCUGUAAGGAGGCACUUGAACAAAAGUCGUCAAUAUUUGAUAAAAAAGCACAAUGAUGAAAUACAUCUUGGUAACCGGCGGCGUCAUCUCUGGCAUUGGCAAAGGGAUCAUCGCGAGCAGCGUGGGCACAAUUCUCAAGUCAUGUGGUUUGCGUGUAACUGCCAUCAAAAUUGACCCGUACAUUAACAUCGACGCUGGCACCUUUUCGCCUUAUGAGCACGGUGAGGUGUUUGUGCUCGACGAUGGCGGUGAGGUGGAUCUGGAUCUGGGUAACUACGAGCGUUUUCUCGACAUCCGGCUCACCAGAGAUAAUAACCUGACGACUGGGAAGAUUUAUCAGUCUGUCAUCAACAAAGAGAGGAGGGGAGACUACCUGGGCAAGACUGUGCAGGUGGUACCACAUAUUACAGAUGCAAUCCAGGAAUGGGUUGUGAAUCAGGCCAAAGUGCCAGUUGAUGGUGAUGAAAUUGAGCCCGAAGUCUGUGUCAUAGAGCUUGGUGGAACCGUCGGCGACAUCGAGAGCAUGCCAUUUGUCGAAGCUUUCAGGCAGUUCCAGUUUAAAGUGAAGAGGGAGAACUUCUGUAACAUCCACGUCAGUCUGAUACCACAGCCCAGUGCAACAGGGGAGCAGAAGACCAAACCAACACAGAACAGCGUCAGAGAGCUGAGGGGCCUGGGUCUUUCUCCUGACCUGAUCAUGUGCCGUUGUUCCACCGCUCUGGAGAAUGCCGUGAAAGAGAAGAUCUCCAUGUUCUGCCACGUAGAACCUCAACAGGUCAUCUGCGUGCAUGACGUCACGUCCAUUUACAGAGUGCCCUUACUGCUGGAGAACCAGGGCGUGAUGAGCUACCUGAGCAGGAGACUUAACAUGCCCAUUGAGACAAAAUCCAGGACCAUGCUCACCAAGUGGAAGGAGAUGUCAGACAGGUCAGACAGACUGCUGGAGCACUGCUCUAUAGCUCUGGUGGGAAAGUACACCAAGUUCUCUGAUUCCUAUGCCUCGGUCAUAAAGGCCCUGGAACACUCUGCACUGGCUAUUAGCCACAGACUGGAGGUUAAGUAUAUUGAUUCAGCGUAUCUGGAGCCGAGCACUCUGCAGGAGGAACCGGUGAAAUACCACGAGGCGUGGCAAAAACUCUGCAGCGCUGAUGGCAUCCUUGUUCCUGGAGGUUUUGGUGUGAGAGGAACCGAAGGGAAGAUUCACGCGAUCAACUGGGCAAGGAAGCAGAGAAAACCCUUCUUAGGGGUCUGUCUUGGAAUGCAGCUGGCUGUAUGUGAAUAUGCCAGGAACGUUCUUGGCUGGUCAGAUGCCAACUCCACUGAAUUCGACCCAGAAUCAAAUCAUCCUGUGGUGAUUGAUAUGCCAGAACACAACCCGGGGCAGAUGGGUGGAACAAUGAGGCUGGGGAAGAGACGGACUAUUUUCAAAACCAGCAACAGCGUUCUGCGGAAACUUUACGGAGACAAAGAAUACGUGGACGAGAGACACAGACAUCGUUUUGAGGUCAACCCUGAGCUCAAGUGUCACUUUGAAGACAAAGGCUUCCGCUUUGUUGGCCAGGAUGUUGAAGGAGAGAGGAUGGAGAUCAUAGAACUUGAUGAUCACCCAUAUUUUGUUGGAGUGCAGUACCACCCAGAGUUCACGUCUCGCCCCAUCAAGCCAUCACCCCCAUAUCUAGGCUUGCUGCUGGCAGCUGCAGGGAAGCUACAGAGCUAUCUACAGAAAGGCUGCCGGCUGUCUCCACGGGAUAUGUACAGCGACCAAAGUGGCAGCAGCACCCCAGAUUCUGAAAUGGCAGACCUAAAAUUCACUCCUGUUACCGAUUCUGCAUGAAGACAUCAGUUAUAAACUUAAACUUCAUAUUAUUGGCUUUGUCUUUUGUAGCUGCUUUUUAAUUAUGAACUUUUAUGAAUGUGCUCUGGUCAAUAAAAUGCAUAUCCAGUA